AUGGAUCAAAACACCGAAGCGAUUGCGAAAAGCGAAAACUCGUUAAGCUUUUCACCGAUAAAGAGUCACAGAUCGUGGCUCGAAGUUCGUCUCUUUUACGUUCGAAUUUCACCUUGUGUUAUCAACAGCGCUCCCGAAUGUUUAACCCUAUGUCACCCAAAGCGCGAAACCGGUUUCUCUCUUGUAAUCAACGGCACAUCAAUCCCUGCAAUCGAUUCCGCCCCGCCGCUUCCUCUCCGCCGUGACCGUGUCGACAAGGAAUCUGCGGAGGUUACCUACGUCAGCACGGAUAAUGUGAGAAUCACCGGUGGUGCUGAAUUUGAGGUGUAUGAAAAGGAUGUGUUGUUUCUUUGUGGGUCAUUGGAACGGUUGGAUACUGAUUGGGGGAAUGGGUCGGGUUGGGAAAUGGAUUGCCAUGUGGCGGCGGGGUCUAUUGGGUCGGGUUCGUCGGCGUUUUUUCGGCCGAAGCUCGGAGUUUCGGCUCCGUCGGUUGAAGUUUAUGUUGCGGGCUGUUGUUCUGGUGUGCCUGUGAUUUUGAGUAAGACGAUUUUGAUGAGUCCUAGGAGGAGAGUUCCUAGGCAUGCAAUUUUGGAUGCUAUUCCAGAAGAUGAGGAAAUGAAUGUUAUACAGAAGGAUCAUGCUAAGAGUAUGAAUGUAUUAAUUCCACACCCGAAAUUGCAGAUAACAGGUUCUCCCGGGUCAGAAGUUUAUGAUUAUGAUCUUGAUGGGAAGAUGGCGAAUGGUUUCUACUCUCAAGAAAUGUAUCUUGGCGAGGACGGACAACUCACAUGGUUCAAUGCUGGUGUUAGAGUUGGUGUCGGGAUUGGCCUUGGUAUGUGCGUAGGGAUUGGGAUUGGUGUUGGAUUACUCAUGCGUUCAUACCAAACAACAACCAAGAAUUUUAGGAGGAAGUUUUUCUAA